CUGCAUAUGCAAAGUUGGUCGUCCAGUAUACGAAUAGGGCUAUAAAUAGCUAGCUUUUCCGACGUUACCUUCACACCAAAUCCCUUUAUCGAAGUUUCAAGAUAAAAAGAUGAUUUACAUUUUUGUCGUCUUGGCUCUUCUAUCAUGCACUUCCGAUGCGGCUGUCAACGAUUUCUGUGUAGCAGACCUAAAGGGCCCAGAUGGCCCUUCAGGCUAUCAGUGCAAACCACCUAAGACAGUGACGGUGGAUGACUUUGUGUUCUCUGGCUUGGUAGCGGGAAAUACCACAAACACUUUCAAUGCUGCAUUAACAUCUGCAUUUGUCACUGAUUUUCCAGGUGUGAAUGGUCUUGGUGUUUCCGCAGCACGGUUAGACAUAGCGAAAGGUGGAUCAAUCCCAAUGCACACACACCCUGGAGCUACUGAACUUUUGAUAAUGGUGGAAGGUCAAAUCACUGCUGGUUUUAUGACACCAUUUGCAGUUUAUACGAAGACACUAAAACCAGGAGAUGUAAUGGUUUUCCCACAAGGACAACUGCAUUUUCAAGUGAACUCUGGAAAGGGAAAAGCCACUGCAUUUCUGGCUUUCAGUAGCGCCAACCCUGGAGCACAACUACUUGACCUUUUGUUGUUUGGUAAUAGCUUACCUUCUGACGUGAUUGCACAAACUACUUUCCUUGACGUUGCCCAAGUGAAGAAGGUUAAGGGACGUUUUGGUGGCAGAGGCUAGGAAUGCUUAUGAAUCAACCCACCACUGGUGUUUUUUCUACCAAUUAAUCGUCCAAGUACAAUAAAUGUGUUUUUAUGAGUGUUGUUUUUAUGUUUAUGUUUGAUCCGAAACUUUAUGAUUUGAGUUUGACUUUUGAUCGUGAAAAAUAAUUCCAGCGGAUCGUAAAAAUUUAUCAACUCUUCGUUUUAUUUCAA